AUGUUGUCGUCUGAAGCUGCCAACGCCAUUACCUAUGUCACUUAUGCCCUCCUUUUGGUUUCUGGGUUGGGUUUGGGCUAUUACUGCCUUGACAACAAGACCUUUUUAUCUGAUAACAAAUCCCAAAAAGGCUUUCCUCUUGCUAUGAAUUUCGUCGCUUCAGCUACUGGUUGUGGUGUUAUUACGACUUUCUCUCAAAUUGGAAACAUUGCUGGUCUUCAUGGCUUAAUUAUCUAUUGUCUUUCAUGCUGUUUACCAAUGUUCUUGUUUGCGUUUUUAGGCCCAAUUAUUAGACAAAAAUGUCCAAAUGGUUUUGUUUUGACAUCCUGGACUUUUCAAAGAUUUGGUUUAAUAACUCAGUUAUACUUGUCACUAUUCACUUUAUUGACCUUGUUUCUUUAUAUGAUUGCUGAAUUAUCUGCAAUUUAUUGGGCCUUUAAUUCAUUAACUGGUUACGACGGUUUACCAGUUGUCAUUGUUCAAUGUGUUGUUACUACUUUAUACACAUCAGUUGGUGGGUUUAAGGUUUCCUUUUUGACUGAUAAUAUCCAAGCUUCCUUUGUAUGUGUUUUGGUUGUUGUUGGUGCUUGUGCUUUUGGUGCUUAUAUCGAGCUUGAUCCCUCUAUCCCAAAGGCUCCAUUAUUAGAAGCAAAUAUAUUGUCAUGGAAAUUGCUUUACAUUUUGCCGGUUGCAAUUUUUACCAAUGAUUGUUUUGUCAGUGGAUUUUGGCUAAGGACAUUUGCAUCAAAAACUGACAAAGAUUUGUUGAUUGGCUGUUCUCUUGCCAGCUUUAUUAUUUUUGUUAUAUGUUUUCUCUUUGGAUGGACUGGUAUUCUUGGUGUUUGGACUGGAGAAUUGGAGAGAAAUAGUGAGCUUGGAUCUAGUUCAUUUUUCAUUUUAUUAUCAACUAUGCCCAAAUGGAUUGUUGGUCUUAUGCUAAUUUUUUCAAUUUGCAUCUCAACAUGUGCGUUUGAUACAUUGCAAAGUUCAACUGUUUCUCAAAUUUCGAAUGAUAUUUUUAAAAACAAAUUAAAGAUUCUUUAUGUUAGAUCGUUUGUUGUUGUAUUAAUUGUUCCUUGUUGUGUUAUUGCAUUAAAAGUUGCUGAUGAUAUUUUACAAAUUUAUUUAAUUGCUGAUUUAGUCUCAGCUUCAAUUAUUCCAAUGAUAAUGUUUGGAUUAUCAAAUAGAUACUUUUGGUUUUUGACUGGAUGGGAAAUCUGUAUUGGAGGACUUUCGGGUUUAUUUUCAGUUUUCAUUUUUGGAUUAGUUUAUUAUGAUGGAAAUGCAGAGUUGGCUGGAAAAUUAUUAAUUGUUUCGGGUGGUAUGUACAUUGAUGAUUGGAGUACAUUUGGAGCAUUCGUUGUUGCUCCAGUUGCAAGUUUAGUGGUUGGAUUUUUUACAUUAGGUGUCAGAUUAUUGAUUAGCUGGACUUAUUGCAGAGUCACCGGCAAAGAAUUUACUGCAUUGGAUAAAGAAAGAAUUAUUAGCAAAAUCCAAGGAUUAUUGGCUCCUAAUGGUUAUUUCUGGUAUUUAAAGCGUUUUUUAUUUGUUCAGUAUUUUUAA